CUUCCCUUCUCAUCAAACCAUCAGCACAGUCUUCUCGUCCACUAGCUGGUCGUCAAGGUAUGGCCGCCACCGUGGUGAGGUGCCUGCUCAUGGCUGCCGCUGUCCUGGCCCCGCUUCUCGCCGGCUCCGAGGGCGCAUUCCUGUCGUCCAAGUUCUACGACCGGAGGUGCCCGAGCUUGCAGGCCAUCGUGCGGUCGGUGAUGACCCAGGCCGUCGCGGCGGAGCCAAGGAUGGGCGCGUCCAUCCUCCGCCUCUUCUUCCACGACUGCUUCGUCAAUGGCUGCGACGCGUCCAUCUUGCUCGACGACACCGCCAACUUCACCGGCGAGAAGAACGCCGGGCCGAACGCCAACUCGGUGCGCGGCUACGACGUCAUCGACACCAUCAAGGCCCAGGUCGAGGCGGCCUGCAAGGCCACCGUCUCCUGCGCCGACAUCGUCGCCCUCGCCGCACGGGACAGCGUCAACCUGCUCGGCGGGCCGGCCUGGGCGGUGCAGCUUGGCCGCCGCGACGCGCGGAACGCGAGCCAGAGCGCGGCCAACUCCAACCUCCCGAGCCCGGGGUCCAGCCUCGCCUCCCUCAUCGCCACGUUCGGCAGCAAGGGGCUGUCGCCGCGGGACAUGACGGCGCUGUCCGGCGCGCACACCAUCGGGCAGUCCCGGUGCGCCACCUUCCGCGACCGCAUCUACAACGACACCAACAUCGACCCCAAGUUCGCGGCGCUCCGGAAGCAGACGUGCCCGCAGACCGGCGGCGACGCCGCGCUCGCGCCCAUCGACGUUUCGACGCCGACCUGGUUCGACACCACCUACUACGAGAACCUCGCGAACAAGCAGGGGCUCUUCCACUCGGACCAGGAGCUGUACAACGGCGGGUCGCAGGACGCAAUGGUGAGGGUGUACAUGCGCAACCCGGACAUAUUCGCCGGCGACUUCGCCAAGGCGAUGGGGAAGAUGGGUAGCCUCAUGCCGUCGGCGGAUACGCCGACGGAGAUCAGGUUGGACUGCAAGAAGAUCAACUAAGGUCAACCGGAGGAUGAAUCAAGACUCAAGACUCAAGACUCAAGUCCAGUCCGUACGAAGUCGAGAGGCUAUGCUCACAGCUUCACUCAGACUCAGAGUACAUUGAACAGUGAAAGGGGCUGUUAGCCGAUAUGGAAUUAGCUAGUACCGUUGGGCAUGGAUGGCGAGCCAUCUCAAAAACAAGGAACUAGCUAGUAAUCCCGUCGUCAUUUCCAUUUUGUUACUGGCAAUUGUAAUGAUCAAUUAAUCAAGAUUUAUUUUCAAAAAAUUAAUCAAGAUUUCUUUUCA